CCGAGAAACGCCGUUUUACUCUUGCGUCGUCUUAUCGCCGGGUAUCAAUUCGAUAGCAAAGUCACUGGUCACAGAGGCCUCGCAGCACUGCAACAUCGACAAAGUCAUCCAAGCCGCCGAUUCAGUUCCUCGACAGUUCAGCACUAUGGCUUCCAAGUCUCCGAUUCCCCAGAACGACAAUGUCGCACAUGCCCUGGCCGGCGCUGGCGGCGGCAUUUUGUCCAUGAUUUUGACCUACCCCCUCAUCACCCUCUCUACCAGAGCCCAGGUCGAGUCGAAAAAAGCCGAGAGCAAGUUCACCGAGGCCAUCCAGAAAAUCAUCGCGCGCGAGGGCGUCUCGGGCCUCUACUCGGGCAUCAACUCGGCUCUGUUUGGCAUCAGCGUCACCAACUUCAUCUACUACUACUGGUACGAAUGGACCCGGGCCUUCUUUGAAAAGGCCGCCGCCCGCGCCGGCCGUGCCAGCAAGAAGCUCACCACGAUCGAGUCCAUGAUCGCCGGUGCCAUUGCCGGCUCCGCGACCGUCAUCAUCACCAACCCCAUCUGGGUUGUCAACACGCGCAUCACCACGCGCCGACAGGACCCAGAUCUCGAGGCCGGUGCUGGCGGCAAGCCAAGCAAGGCUCCCACCACGCUGGGAACCCUCAUGGCCCUCUUGAAGAACGAGGGACCCCGGGCCUUGUUUGCCGGAGUCAUUCCAGCGCUGGUGCUGGUCAUCAACCCUAUUCUUCAGUACACGCUCUUUGAGCAAAUGAAGAAUACCGUGGAGAAGAAGAGGAAGAUCACGCCCACAAUGGCGUUCGUGCUAGGAGCUUUGGGCAAGCUCUUUGCAACUUCAGUGACAUAUCCCUACAUCACUGUAAAGAGCCAGAUGCACGUCGCUGCCCAUAGCGAAAAGAAGGAGGGCAUGUCUCAGACUUUGAGUCGUGUCGUUAAAGAGGAAGGCUAUUCUGGUCUAUACAAGGGCAUUGGCCCGAAGGUUACUCAGAGCGUCCUAACAGCGGCCUUCCUCUUUGCCUUCAAGGAUGUUCUCUAUGAGCAGAUGGUGAGGCUCAGGAUGGGCCGCAAGAAGGCGUAAGCUACUCCUACUGCAAUUAGUGGUCGCUUCUACCACACAAAAGCAUGCACUCUCUUCUUCCAACAGCUUGUAUCACAGUAUCAGACGCUGGCUUGGGGGGUCAAUAGAUAGGGGCCGCAAUUUUCUUCGGCUGUACCAUUAGUGUACCAUCACCAUAGGCAAGGUGAAUUUACGUAAGGGCAGUUGAUAUCCCUGGAGGUAUAGAGUGGGUUUCUGGAACGAGUUCAAACGAAUUUUAGGUUGAUGGAUGUAUGUCACGAAUGGAUACCUUGGGACCUCUUCUUUCUUUCUCUUCUUCUUAGCAUCUCUUACAUAGGCUCCGGGAGCAAAGAAAAUAAGAGAUGGGAUUUUAAUAAGUC